AUGAUUGGGUUCAUCACAGACUGUGAAGGCGACUAUGGUUAUUGGAGUCGAAGUGUGUCGUUGAGCCAGGUCGUGGAGUUCGAUUCCGAGGGGCAGCUUGCCUUCAAGAGGAAAGAAGCCUCGGAUUCCUUCGUUUUCGGUGGCGAUGUUUUCGACAAGGGCGACGGGGACCUGCGAAUCGCAAAGCAGCUCCUGAGCUUCAAGAAGUCCCACCCGGAUCGUGUUUGGCUCUUAGCCGGGAACCGUGACCUCAACAAGUUGCGCUUCCCUGCAGAGCUGGCCGAGGAUGAGAUCGAUGUGCCCCAGCCCGUGCCCCUCUAUCCGAGGGCGCCGCCCCAGGUGUCCCUGCGGAGCUUCUUGGAGAAACGACUGGAGAGCUCAGCCGGCAAGACCGUGCAGGAUAUGAACACGAGCGCCAACCGGCUUCGCUGGAUUUUGGACCAUACUAUGACCGCUACUGGUGCCUUUGAGCUAAGGCAGAAGGAGCUAGCAUUGCUCUCCGGCCAAGAGGUUAGUGAGAUUCAUGAGGACGAUGUUGUGGAAAGCUUUCUGACGUCCGUUUCGAAGGAGGACGGUGUGGUGUGGGAGUAUCUCCUUCACAGCUGCCUGCUGGUGAUGCUAGGGGAUUGCUUGUUUGUGCAUGGUGGCCUUCCCAAGGAAGCCAUCAACUGGGUCCCAACAAUGGACAUGCGCUACUUGCAACCUGCAGAAGGGGCAGUUUGUGGGGGUAGGCGCAUGGAAGGCACGCUGCAAGAUUGGAUGAAAGCAAUGAAUGACUUUAUGCAGGAGGGGCUGCGGGACUUUCGGGAGAAGAUGUACUGGGGGCCAGGCCGCACGCGAGGGGGUGAAGGCCUCCUGUGCCUCACCAGCACGCCAGCCUGCUUUCGGCGCUCGGUGGUGGUGGAGUCGUUGUUGCAAGGGGGCACGCCGGACCAUUUGGACAAGGAUGUCGAGGCCUUCCUGGUCAAGGGAGGCGUGCGGACGGUGUUCUGUGGGCACAAGCCUUGCGGUGACUCACCCUUCGUGGUUCGGGGUGACCAUGUCGCGGUGGUCCACUGCGACACGACCUACAGCGAUGGCGCGGCCCCAGACAAGCGUGGCUCCGCAGUAGCGGCGGUGGAGGUGAGCGCACCCACCUCGGGUGAGCUGCAGCUUCGUGGCGUCCUGGCCGACGGACGGAGCUACGACUUCGCGCUCUACGGCGACAGUGGCGAUGACUUGGUUGGGCGUCAGUGCCGUGACGGAUCUUGGGUGAAGGCCAAGCUCCCCGAAGGCUGUUACCAUGUGGUGUCCAGUGAGGGCACACGAAAGUUGAGGUAUGAUACCCGCAGCCAGGAAGAGCUGCAAGGGCUUUUGGCCCGCCAUGCUUGA